GGAGCUGGCGUUCUCCCCCGCCCCCUCGGGCGCGCAGUGCAUCGUGGGUGAGAACGAGCGGAGCAGGUUUGGCGUUCCUAGCUAUGAAGCGGCUGUCCUGCUAGGCGCGGACGCGGAGACGUUUGAAUUAGCUUUAGCAGAAGAGAGAUGGAGGAGCCAUAGACUGUUAAGGAUGAAUUCAGGAAGGCCUGAGACCAUGGAGAACUUGCCUGCACUGUAUACUAUUUUUCAAGGAGAGGUUGCUAUGGUGACAGACUAUGGAGCUUUUAUCAAAAUCCCAGGCUGUCGGAAGCAAGGUCUGGUCCAUCGAACUCACAUGUCGUCCUGUCGAGUGGAUAAGCCUUCUGAGAUAGUAGAUGUUGGAGACAAAGUGUGGGUGAAGCUGAUUGGCCGAGAGAUGAAAAAUGAUAGAAUAAAAGUGUCCCUCUCCAUGAAAGUUGUCAACCAAGGAACUGGGAAAGACCUCGAUCCCAACAACGUUGUCAUUGAGCAAGAAGAGAGGCGCAGACGGUCCUUCCAGGAUUACACUGGGCAGAAGAUCACCCUUGAGGCCGUCCUGAACACGACCUGCAAGAAGUGUGGCUGCAAAGGCCACUUUGCCAAGGACUGUUUCAUGCAGCCAGGUGGAACCAAGUAUUCUCUGAUCCCUGAAGAGGAAGAGGAAAAAGAGGAGGCAAAGGCAGAAGGACUUGAGAAGCCUGAUCCCACGAAGAAUUCUUCCAGGAAGAGAAAGAAGGAAAAGAAGAAAAAGAAACAUAGAGACAGGAAGUCAUCUGACUGUGAUAGCUCUGACUCUGAGAGUGACACGGGCAAGAAGGCGAGGCAUUCAUCAAAAGACAGCAAGGCCACCAAGAAGAAAAAGAAGAAGAAGAAGCACAAGAAGAAGCACAAGGAAUGAGGAUGGAACAGGCCGCGGCAGCCCUGACUCCUGCAAAGACUCACUAGUGAGAGUGUGGCCUGCCUCCUACCCAGACUUGUCCCCAUGGUCUCAGAUGGCUUCUCCCCCUGCAGCAAGCAGAUUGGGGCCCCACAGGGCCCCUCCCAACAUGAUUUUCCCUUGUUGCUCCUGACCCUUUGCAAGCGACCCCUGCAGCCAUUGCAUUCAUGCGCUCAGUGUCUUCAUUUCAGCAGAAGGUUCUAGUCCCAACCGGCUGCCACUGCCCGAGCUGGAGUCCUCUGCAGGAGUCCAUGCUGGAGCCCCGGGUGCUGCUGUGGAGGGGAGCCUGGCCGUGAGAGAGAGAGCAGCCCCAACCUGCCUGCUGUCUGCGGUGGCUGUGGGUGGACUCUGCGGCCUCCAUCCCCUCAGCCAGGGCCUGUACUCCAGUGACUGCUGAACCAGAGAUUUGCAGCCACGGUCAUUGCUCUGCUUCCUGUCUGUCACAGUGUGAGUGACUGGUUCCAUUUCAAGCCUCUGCUUAAACUCCUGGCAUAAAUGGAAAUGUGUUUGGUUUUAAACUUUCCAAAAAGGCUUUAUUCCUAUAAUCCUUCCUGGGCGACUUACAGACUUAACACAUUAGUUCACAGAAAACACUUACUAUGUUAUCCAAGACCCUGGAAAGAGGCCAAGCCGAGGCACAAAGCCAAGGCCACCAGCAGGUCACAGCUUUCUUGAGAUUACUCAUAAACCUUCUCUUCCAUAGUGAUGACCGCUUUCCCUUGUAUUUGUAACCCUGGGGACUUGCUGGGCAUGAGUGGGCGACUCUUAGCAGUCACCUCCCACCACAGUUGUUCACACCUGGACCUUGAUGUCCUGAGCCUGUACUCUAGAGAGAGGGUGACCACAGCACACCAUACAGCAAAUCCAGGAAUGUCUGUGCAGGAUGAAUGUGAAAUAGCCACACAGUGACAGCCAGCUGCUCUGCCAUGGGCAGGCCAGUGUAAGGGCUUGCAUAGAUGCUAGAAUGACAGCUAGCUUCUCUGAGCCUUGGCAGGUCAGUGUAAGGGUAUUACAUAGGUGCUACUGUUCCCUAACUGAGCCUUGAGCCUGUCCACUCGGCUCCUUGACAGUGCUGCUUCCCAGGUGACCUAUAGGCCUUCAUUUCAACCUGACACACAGGAAAGGAGGACCAAAGACAGACAACUGGGUGGCCUUGGUUCUGCUUUAUUGACCUUGGAGCACCCUUUGGAUACAGUUUUAAAAAAUAAACCACAUACAUAGUAGG